UCUGGAGACGAAGACAGCUCUACAGGGAGUGGAAGUGAAUAUGAGGAGUUCUGUGAUGCUGAUGAAGAGACUCAUAUGAUCAAAGGCAGGUGACCAAAUGAAGAGCGAAUUCUCACUUUAAAGAGCAGUGAAGACCAUCUUGCCAUGAAAUCAUUCACAGAUGAAGAUGUAGAAAUCUACAUCCAGAGCAAGGUGGAACGGCGGCAUUACCUGGUUUCCAAAGCAGUGGAGGAAGUGCAGAAAAUCAUCCAGCAGCUGACUGCAGAAAUCAGCUACAAGGCUGUGCGAUUCCAGGCUAUCUCCAACUCUGGCAUUCACAAUGAGAACAUUAAGGUCUUAGGACCCAGCCAAUUCCUCAUCACAGUUCCUCUGCGAGGCCUGACCGGUUAUAGGGAAUCCCAGGUACGGCACUGGCGCUAUUACACUGUGAAUGGAGCCAAGCUCCUCUCCUCUGUACGGGACCCUGAGGAAUUGCAUCAGUGGCUGGAGGUGGAGCAGUUCUCAAAAAGCCUUCAGCAGUGGCAUGAAGAGGAUGUGAACAUCGAAGGUGAUCUGGUUCCAGCCAAAGUCCUUAUCGUCUUCCGGGAGCUGGUGGAAAAGUCGAUUGUCUCCUGUAACCUUUCCAGUAAGGUGACAGUGCUGGAGAGUUUCAGCUCGGUGGUCCGGGUGGCUGUGGAGACAUCAGAAUCCCAGGUAGAGGUGGAGCUGGUCCCUGCUGUGGAGAUUCCAACUUGCUGGCCUGAGAAAGCCCGGUGGCCUCGCUGCCUUAAGCGUUGGCCUUCUCAGGAAAAAGUGCAAUGCAUCAAGUCGCUGGGUUUCGAUCUUCUAGCCCGCUCUAAUUAUCACUGGCAGCUGAGCUUCUCCCGUGCUGAGCACAUCCUCAUGGAGGGACUUGAUGAAGAUGGUGGUUGUCGCAUGAAGUGCUUCAGGGUCAUGAGGCAGAUGAAGGAAGAUGUCUGGUGUGCUGGAAAUAAGCCUGUCAUCACAGCUUAUCACCUUCAGACAGUGCUAUUCUGGACGUGUGAAAAAUACCCACGCACCAAAGAUUGGCGCUGCUUCCCUGAAGCCUUUCUGAGGCUGAUACAGAAGCUGCACAAGUGUGUAAGCCAGCACUUCCUCAAGCAUUACUUUCUCAGAAACACCAAUCUGCUCAAAUAUGCCAACACCAGUGACCUGGACCUUGUGGCCAGCAAGCUGACAGUUUUUCUUGGAGAAACCUGUUUUCUGCCUGGACUAAGGCAGCAAAGGUCUUGCCCCAACCCCAAGUCAAUCCGCCAGCUCCUCUCCCCACCUGUGGUUGCUGUCCAUAAUCCUUCCAGUAGAUGUUGUAGCUGGCUCUGUGAGACAGUUGGCACAUGCAGCAUGAAAGAGAAGUGUCAAGCUGGCAGUGAUGGGUGGUGAAUGAAACUGAUGGGAGGUAUCACUUGAUGCCCAGCUGAUCUAAUUUGCUUUCAACAGUGACAGCCUGCCUGGAAGCUACAGCCAAACGCAACUUUCAGUGUUAGUCAGGAGCAGGCAACUGCCUUGUUCUGUGUCUCCAGUCUUGUGGCAUGUAAGCUGAAAGACAGCACAAAGGAGUCUUGCCUCUGCUGCCUCUGUAACACAGCACAUGUAUUGCUGCUGCAGUCACCUUUCUCACAAGGACAGUGGGUUUAAUUGCCUGCUUACCUCACAGGGCCAGCUCUGCAGAGGGGCAGAGAAUGCUUCUGAGGUGUUUCUGACCUGGAAGCUUUCUCAGAGGAAAUUCAAAUCAGUGAGAUCCUGCUCCAGUAGGAAUUUAACCAUGCUGCUAGUGUUAAAGAGCUCAAUGGAAGCAAGUA